ACUAGUCCUCUCCUGUUGACGACAUUAGUCGAGAGUUUUGCUGAGAGAUCUCUGUUUCCUACUUUGCUUUGCUUGGCUUGGUUUUGCUUAGUGUGGAGUUACGAAUUGAUAAUAGGACAUUGGAAUCUCACCCUUAGGAGAUGGCUGAAGUGUUGCCUGCCGGGGACAGAAUCAAGGAUUAUGACUCCCGAGUGGAUCCUGAUGCGCCCCCGCAAGAAGCACAGAAACAGGCGGAGAAAAGGCGGAAGCAACAUAAUGUCCUGGGGUACUUCUCCCUUGUGCAAAUUCAUGUAAUGACAUUGUUGGUGGUGCUGUCCUCAAGCGGGCUGGUGCCUCUGGAAGACUUGGCAUUCGCAGCGUUCACUACGGUUUACAUGAUCUUCAUGAAUAGCACCAUUCUCAGGCCCGUGACUAAAGGCGCCCCGCCUAACGUGAUGGCCGGCAACAAAACCGUGCAGGUGUAUUCCAUGGUCACGGUCAGCGUUGGAUUGCUGUUGCCGUCUGGCUACGUCUUGGGAGGUUUUGUGCACGGGGACCAGAAGGCUUUGAAAGCUGCCGCGCCGCACUUGUUCCUCCUGGGAUGCCAGAUCCUAAGCGAGAACGUGGCCUUCAGGAAUGACCACAUCUCCCUACCGAUCCGCGCUUUGGUGCCAAUUUUUUACAACGUCAGGAGGUUGUUCACCAUUAUGGAGUGGUGGAAGGUGGACGCGACGAAGGGCGAGGAAAGCCUCGGAAUGCAUGGCUCUCAGGCCCAGACCCCCUUCUCCGCGGACCAGUGGCUCAAGUUCGGCAAAUACUUGGCUCUAGCCAACAUGGUCGUGUGGACCAUCAACCUCUUCUUCUUCCUCAUACCGGUGUUCUUGCCGAAAACCUUCAAAAAACAUUAUGAGAUGGAGAUGUCGGCAUCAGAGAGCCGUGCGAAGGAUCUACAGGAUAACAAGGAUGUGAGCACGGAUUUUUAGAGCAUUUUAUUCAACCUCUUGGGGGUGUGAGAUUGCGUGAGCUUUGAAUGUUUUCUAGAUUAGCUGCGGAAAGGUGCAAAUGUUAUGCUGGGAAAACUGUAAGCCAGCGUUGCGCUAAUUUGGAAUCCUCAUUUGGAGAGGGGCGUUGUACAUAAAGACGUUAUUUUUGUAAAAUUGAUGGAGAUUUUAAUCCUCCUUCAAUAGCAUUUUUCUUUUAUCAUCCUUCA